AUGGAUAGAAGCAAAAUGGUCUAUUUUAAUGGCUCUAUAAAGAUCAGGGUUUGCGAAGCGGUGGAUCUUAGACCUACCGACUUCGCUACCCGCCAUCAAAUGGGCCCGAAUAAAGCGGUCCAGCCGAUAGAUCCUUAUAUUUCCAUCGAUAUUGAUGAAGUUUAUGUGGCCAGAACGACUUCUAAACCCCGAACUUUGUCUCCGAGGUGGAAGGAGGAUAUAAUAACUGAAAUACACAAUGGCCAAAAUCUUGGAAUAACCGUCUUUCAUGACGCAGCCAUUCCCCCGGACGAAUUUGUGGCUAAUGUAUCGGUGCCGUUUGACGAAUUAAAACACUCUUCGGAAAUGUGGGUUGACUUGGAACCCGCUGGAAAAGUGCGGAUUAUAGUUGAACUGAAUGGAUCUUUCUCGGACGACCAACCAAAAGAGAAAGUGUUUAAAGAGAAAGAUCUUGUGAUACGAAGGCGAGGGGCUAUGCGAAGACGUGUACAUCAAGUACAUGGACACAAAUUUAUGGCCACAUUAUUCCGGCAGCCAACAUUUUGCUCAUUAUGUAAAGAUUUUAUUUGGGGGCUGUUUAAACAAGGCUACCAAUGUCAAGUUUGUACUUGUGUGGUUCAUAAAAGAUGUCAUCAACAUGUUGUCACAAAAUGUCCAGGGUCUAGAGAAAGUGGUACGGAUGAGGCUGUUGGAACACGAUUUAAUAUUAAUAUUCCUCAUCGUUUUCAAUGCCACAAUUAUAAACGCCCAUCUUUUUGUGAUCAUUGUGGAUCUUUAUUAUAUGGUAUUAUUAAACAAGGUUUACAAUGUGAAGUGUGUAAAAUGAAUAUACAUAAAAGAUGUCAAAAAAAUGUACCUAAUAAUUGUGGGAUCAACCUACGUGAUAUGGCCCAAGCUUUACAGUCUAUGGGAAUCUCGGGAGAUAAGCUCAGUAAGAGGCCCAAAAAGGCAUCAAUUAGUGAAUCACCCAAUAGAAAUACUUGUAAUUUACAUGAAAGAUCAUUAUCAUCACCUAUUCCUAUGCUGCCAAGUAAGUACUCAAAUGAUCAGCAUAGUUCUCAGACAAGGAGUCCCUCAGCAGAAAGAGGUCGUAGCAAGCCAAAGCAUAGACUAUCAGACUUUCACUUUAUCAAAGUUUUAGGCAAGGGCAGUUUUGGCAAGGUAAUGUUAGCUGAAAGAAAAGGUUCAGAAGAAGUGUAUGCUAUAAAAGUGUUAAAAAAAGAUGUGAUAAUACAAGAUGAUGAUGUAGAAUGUACAAUGACUGAAAAAAGAAUUCUGGCAUUGUCAGCUAAACAUCCUUUUCUUACAGCUCUUUAUUCCUGCUUUCAAACAGAGGAGCGAUUAUUUUUUGUAAUGGAAUAUGUAAAUGGAGGUGAUUUAAUGUUCCAAAUUCAAAGAGCACGCAAAUUUGAUGAACCUAGAGCAAGAUUCUAUGCGGCUGAAGUAACGCUUGCACUUAUGUUUCUUCAUCGACAUGGAAUUAUAUAUAGAGAUCUGAAACUAGAUAAUAUAUUACUGGAUGCAGAAGGUCAUUGUAAAAUAGCUGAUUUUGGUAUGUGUAAAGAAGGAAUGUUUGAAGGCAAGACAACUCAGACAUUUUGUGGUACACCAGAUUAUAUAGCACCAGAGAUUCUGCAAGAAUUAGAGUAUGAUGCUUCAGUAGAUUGGUGGGCACUAGGAGUAUUAAUGUAUGAAAUGAUGGCUGGUCAACCACCAUUUGAAGCUGAUAAUGAAGAUGAUCUAUUUGAAUCUAUUCUACAUGACGAUGUAUUAUAUCCUGUAUGGUUGAGUAAAGAAGCUGUAUCAAUUCUCAAAGGAUUUAUGACAAAGAAUCCAUCAAAGCGUUUAGGCUGUGUUAAAGUACAAGGACUGGAGAAAGCGAUUUGUUUGCAUCCCUUUUUCCAGGAUAAGAUAGAUUGGGAGUUAUUAGAACAGCGUAAAGUAAAACCACCUUUUAAACCAAAAAUUAAAUCAAAGACAGAUGCCAAUAACUUUGAUAAAGAUUUUACAUCAGAAGAACCAACUCUGACCCCUGUCGAACCUGAAGAACUACGUGCAAUUAAUCAAGAAGAAUUCAAAGGUUUCUCGUUUAUAAAUGAAGAUUAUGGAAAAUUAGAGCUGGAAUCACCACCUCCGGCUCAUUGA